AAGCAAGGCGAGGCGAUAGAUCGUGGCUUAGCGCUAUAUUUCCCCGCGCCGCACUCCUAUACGGGAGAGGACGUGCUGGAGCUGCAAGCGCAUGGCGGCCCGCUGGUGCUGCAAAUGUUGGUAGCCAGAUGUCUGCAAGCAGCCAAAGACAGCCAAGAGCCUACUUUAAUGGCAAUGCGCAUGGCACGCCCAGGCGAAUUUACCGAGCGCGCCUUUUUGAACGACAAAAUGGAUUUGGCGCAAGCAGAGGCUGUGGCUGAUUUGAUAGAUGCCAGCACCCAAGUGGCCGUGCGCGCAGCCAGCCGCUCAUUGGCGGGCGCAUUUUCUGAGCGCAUAGAGGCGCUCUUGGCCAGUCUCAUCCAUUUGCGCACAUUGGUCGAGGCCACGCUGGAUUUUCCCGAAGAAGACUUGGAUUUUUUGCAAGCCGCUGAUACAAAAGGCCAGUUGCAAACCCUCUUGGAGCAAGUAGAGCAAACGCUGGUGCAAAGCCGCCAAGGAGCCAUACUGCGCGAAGGCUUGCAAGUCGUCAUCGCAGGGCAGCCCAACGCUGGCAAAUCCUCAUUGCUCAACGCCUUGGCCGGCGCCGAUCUGGCCAUAGUCACCCCCAUAGCG